AUGCUCGUUCAAGAAUCCUACUACGAUGUACCAACCAAGGCCGAUGGCCAAGGUUCCAUGCUAACGGGUCCCGUCGCGCGAUUCGCUCGCCAGAUUGCUGGACAGGGUUAUAUCUGUGCCGCUCCGUCGAGCUACCAUGAGUUCACGGGCCCAGAGCCUCUUUUGUAUAAUGCUGAGGAUACGGAUAAGGGUAAUGAGUGGAAGAUCGCCAAGAAACUGGCAGCCUACGACGAAGACGCCAGUCUAAGUGUGGAUUACCUCCUCUCCCUCCCAACCUGCAAUGGUCGCGUGGGUGCCACGGGUAUGUGCUUGGGUGGACACCUUGCAUACCGCUGUGCACUCGAUAGUCGCGUUAAGGCUUCUGUGUGUUACUUUGCGACGGAUAUCCACAGCAAGACUCUUGCUGCUGGUAAGAAUGAUGAUAGUUUGGCCAGAACGGGUGAUAUUAAGGGCGAGCUGUUGAUGAUCUUCGGCAAAAACGACACACACGUCCCUCCUGAAGGUCGCGAUCUAAUUCGCAAAACCCUGCAUGAUAAGGGAGUCUUGUUCAGCUUCUACGAAGUCGCAUGGGCCCAGCACGCAUUUAUUCGAGACGAGCUUAGCAAGGGCCGAUACGAUCCAGCUAUUACCAAGUCCUGUUUCGAGAUGCUUCUGGAACUGUUUGGACGCACCUUGAAGCUGGAUUUGGGUGAGCAUGAUGGCAAGGAGCUGGUUGUUGAGGAUGUAUGCUAG